AUGAAGCUCGUCCGUCUCGUCAGGCACCAAACGUCACGUGCCGUGUACUGGGUGCUCUGGCCGUAUCUUUUGUACUUGGUAUUCUAUGGGUGUGUUUCCAGCUCCUAUCUGUCCAAUGUCAUUUCACGCCACACUUGCCCCCCAUUGCAGCUGGUCGUGUAUCCCGUGUGGUUCACGUACGUGCAGCCACAUGUGCUUUGGUUGGACAAAAAAUUGCACGUUUCGAACGCAGUAUCGGCGAAUUGGCAUCCCGUCAAAGAGUCCUUGCACUCGUUUGACGAGGAACACCAGAUCUCGUAUUUUGCCGAGAGAGUCUAUACCGCGGCAUCUUCGGCCGCGGGCUCAGCGUAUGGGGCAACAUCGCGGAUUGUGGGCCCAUACGCUCGCUAUGUAGCUGCCCAGUCAUAUCUGUAUUACCGAAAGAGAAUCUACCCUUCAGCCCUCUUUUACGGUGCGCGGUAUAAGUACAUGUUGGAGACGUCCGUUGACUUCUUGUGCGGUUGUAUAAGACGCCAUGCUUUGCAAGCGUUGUUCUACGCGAAGUGUGGGGCACACCAUGUGACCACGCUGUAUGUGGCACCAGUGUGUUCCAGUAUUGGAGGGACGCUUUCCCAAUACCUGUUUGUGCGCCAAGCCGUCGUGGCCUCACGCGCCAUGUAUUCUCUCUUGCUCGAGAAACUGGCUCAAAUCAGCUUGUCUUUGCAGCAAAAGAAAGAUUUCAUCCGUUCCGAAUCCUACAAUCUCUUGAGAGCGGGUGAUUUCAACAGAGCGUAUUUCCGUGGUCGUGCGGACUUUAGUACUGUGGUGAGUGAUAUCUUGGAUGAAAUCACUGACGAUGCUGCUCCCGGAAUCGCGGCUGAAACACCCGAGACGCCCUCGGAGAGUAUCACGGAGGACGACUUCUCCGAAUACUCUGAUGAGGACGAAGCGACUUUAACGAUCACGCAAACGCAAACCAUGUUUGUCACUCGUCAAGCCAAUGAGCUUGAACCCACUGCUGACUCCGACUCAUCGGGUCUCUCACUCAACCUGCCAGAAACUGUCUCGGAAGAAGAGCUUACGACUUUAGACAGCGACUCGAGCCAGGCGCAAAUCGAGCGGGAGAUCUUGUACUGGCAGUCCAGGGUGGAUAAAACUUUGGAGUUGGUGUGGGACAGUCUUGACGUCGAGUUCGCCCCCUUCUUAGCAUCCAAGACCGAGGAGCUCAAAGACGCCAUUUCGGCGAACUUUUCUUCUUUGCAACAGCAAAACUUUCUCCGUUACAAGGAGAUGAAUGAGCUCAUUGCCGCCAUUCAUAAAGACGCGGAGUUCAUCAGAGAGACGAACACAACCAUCGAAGAGCCUGAGAUCGAUAGGCAGCUCAUGAGAGAUAAAAUUGCGGAAGCAUACGCCAUGCCCCAAGAGGUGAUGAAAUAUGUUGAGCAAAAUCUCAACGAGGCUCACGUUCUGGUAAUGAAGCAAUACAAUAAGGCUGCCCAGGAAACGGUUGACGUGUUAGAGUCCAUGGCAGAGACAGUGAUUCUGGAUUUCUCAUCCCGCUUGUCUUCGCUCAUCGGCGUUCUUCAAUUAAAGGAAGACUUCAGCGACACCAUGACCUGGUCCGCAUGGAAGAGCUUCCACAAAAUCAAAGAGUCUAUUUUCGAAUUUCGGGACCAGAUAUUUGAUGACGCGAGCGCUUAUAAGUUCAAUGCCAGAGGGAGCAAAGUGCCUCGAGGAUUGGAGUCUUGGGCCGCAUACUUGGGCAAAGUCAAUUUUCACAUCUCGUUUCUCAUGAGAGAUAAUGCUGAGUAUUUGCAGCUCGUGAGGGCCAAGGCCAAUGUCGCUUACCAAGAAAGAGAGGGACUCACAUACAGAUUGAAACAGGAAGCGAAAGCGAAGCAACAGCAACUUGAGAAGGAGCAGCUUGAGAAGGAGCAGCUUGAGAAGGAGCAGCUUGAGAAGGAGCAGCUUGAGAAGGAGCAGCUUGAGAAAGACCAGCCUAAGAAAGAGCCGCUUCAGAUACAUCUCAAACAGGAACCUGAAAGAGGGGAGACACAGUCGCGUUACCUUGCGGAGCAAGAGCAGCAAAACAUUCUUCAAGAGGAUGAUUCAGGAAAGGAUGUGCUUGAAAUGGCGAAAGACAUUAUCAGAGAAGCUCCCCAUACCAAUGGCGAGUCCGGCGAUACCCGCAAAGAUGCCUUUGACCGUGGAGUUCCCUUUGAAGAUACUGCAGAGCGGGGAUCUGGAGAUGGAAAGGAUAAGCUGGAAGGGACGGCCCGCACUGAAGCAAGCGAGAAAGAUGAGUUUGUCGAAGAGGCUACCGAAGCGAGAGAGAUGACAGGAGAAAGAGAGGCGAUGCACGAUGAGUUAUAA